AAUCAGUAUUGCUCGAAAAACCGUCAGCAGCAGUGAUACAGACAUAUUAUCAUAAUUCGCUGUCAACUCUCGUUGAUAUUAUAUUACAUUUUAGUAUUUCAUCCGUUCUACACGCAACAACAAUAUGGUCGCCUGCAAAGUGAUUGUGGCCGUCGCCGUCGUGUUCGUAGCCGUUGUUCAAAUCCAAGGUAGACCCGGCUCCGACACCGACUGGAGUAUACCGUUCGAAGAAGAACUCAAAAACAUGACAAAACAAAUCGCCAGUUUUGUCAACGUCGAUAACUCCGAGUACGCCACCGCUGCCAAGAACAAUCUGAACACAUUCGUCGACGGUUUCAAGUCUGAACUUGCUGUUUUCACCAAAUCGUUUGAAGGAAAAGCUAGCGUGUCCGACAUGUUCAAGGAAUCCACCAAGCAAUUCCAAACGACCAUCGACAAUUACGUCAAGAACUUGCCCAAGGAAGUCAGCUUGAAGGACUUCAACGAAAAAGCAGAACAGGCACUUAAGCACAUGGUCGAAUAUGGUACUGAGAUCACCAAGAAAGCCCAAGGAAACACCGAAGUUGAGAAGCAAAUCAAGGACUUCAUAAAGAAAAACAUCGACCUUCUCAUGGAACAAACCAAAGCCGUACAGGCUAAAAUCGUCGAUGGUAAGAAAGCUUAAGAUGAACAAGGCUGAGGGACGUUGUAUCAGCUAUGUCAACCGAAACACGAUAGCUGACAGUUAAUUUAUUGCUUUUCAAUUUUAUUAUAAUAUCAUAAUUUAUUUCACCUUUAUAAAAAUCAAAUAUUAAAUUUAACAGUUUUUA